AUGGCGAUGAUGUCUGAUCUUUCGAAGGGUUUGGUAAAAGAGAUACUCUCUCGGGUUCCUAUACCAUCUCUAAAAGCUGUGAGAUCUACUUGCAAACAAUGGAACAGUUUAUCCAAAGAUCCUAGCUUUACAAACAAGCAAUGUGCUAAAGCAGCCAAGGAUUUGAUGGUGAUCAUGGUUAAUGAUUUUAAGGAGAAGGAGAGCAACACUACUAGCCUCGUGGUUUGGAACCCGUAUUCGUGUCAAACACGUUGGAUCAAACCUAGAUCCACUUACGGCAGAUCAGAUAUGUUUGGUAUCGGAUACGACAAGAACAACAACCACAAGAUUUUGAGGCUUUUCUUUGAGUUUGGCUACAGUUUAGAGUACGAAAUAUACGAUUUUAAGUCUAACUCAUGGAGGGCUCUCACCAUCUCAUCUACUGUAGUGUUAUACAAACGAGGCGUGUCAUUGAAAGGGAACACUUACUUUUUUGCUCAAGAAAGAAUCAAAGUUGAAGAAGUAGAUAAAGAAUGUGUUUUACUCUGUUUUGAUUUUACAAGAGAGAGAUUUGGACCGGCUCUUCAUCUUCCGUUUCACUGUGAUGUUAGAUACGAUGACAUGGUUCUAUCUGCAGUUAGAGAAGAGCAGAUUGCAGUGUUGUUUCAGCGCUUAGAUACAUAUAAGAUGGAGAUAUGGAUUACAACCAAGAUCGAGCCCAAUGCGGUUUCAUGGAACAAGUUCUUAGCCGUUGAUACGGAGACAAUCAUCAGUGGUCUUAAGUUUGUGGUUGAGCCUAGGAGUUUCUUUGUUGACGAGGAGAAGAAAGUUGCAGUGAUUUGUGAUAUAGAUAGAUUUGAACCGACCAAGACCGGUCUCUACAAAACAGCUUGCGUCAUUGGGGAGGAUGGGUACUUGAAAGAAGUGGAUCUCGGAGAAGCUGUGAGUGUUGAAGAAUCUCCAUAUAGUUGCCCACUUGUGUGCUCUUAUUAUGUUCCAAGAUUGUUCUGUGAACAAGAGUGA